CUGUUGUGUGCGCGGCACGAUUUCCACGUCAGUAAGUUUGCCUGUGGAGGAGAUUACCCAGCGGUGGCAGAAUAUUUAUCUACCCAUCAGUAAAACAACAGGGCAUGACAACACCACGUGGAACUGUCUAAAAUAUUCACUAUGGUGGACAAGAAUAUAUAUAUCGUUCAAGGGGAGAUUUCUGUUGUUGUUGCUGCUAUCAAGAGGAACUCUAGAUGGAGUACCCACACUCCUUUGGAUGAAGAGCAGGACCCACUACUAAAUGGCUUCAGCAACUUGAAAGAAGAACUCAAUAAGAUAAAAGAUCUUUCUGAAGUAGUGCCCAAUGAGUUCCUUAGACCUUUUCUUGAGGUGGUCCGCUCAGAGGACACAACUGGACCAAUCACUGGCCUGGCACUCACCUCUGUCAACAAGUUCUUGUCUUAUGGCCUUAUAGAUGCCAAUCAUGAAGGGGCAGCAGAGGGCAUCGAGAACAUGGCUGAUGCUGUCACACAUGCUAGAUUCGUGGGUACUGACCCUGCGAGUGAUGAGGUGGUGCUGAUGAAAAUCCUUCAGGUUUUAAGGACUUUGCUGCUGACUCCAGUAGGAGCCCAUCUGACCAAUGAGUCUGUUUGUGAAAUCAUGCAGUCCUGUUUCCGUAUAUGCUUUGAAAUGAGAUUAAGCGAGCUGCUGAGAAAGUCAGCUGAACAUACACUGGUCGACAUGGUGCAGCUGCUCUUCUCCAGAUUACCACAGUUCAAAGAGGAGGCCAAGAGUUAUGUGGGCACUAACAUGAAGAAGAUUCCAGGCUGUAUUCUGGACGCACAGGAUUUUAUUAAUGCAGAUCAGCCUAGAAACACCAAUCAGACGGGCUUAGAGAGGUUAAAGAUGAGAGCCGGUGGAAUGAACGAGUCGUCCAAGUGGAAGAAACAGAAACGUUCACCCCGCCCCCCUCGUCACAUGGUACGCAGUCCCUCUGGGCAGUUGGAUUCAACCCAUUCCAGUACCCUCACCAACAACAUUACAGGUGGAGUUCCAUUCAUUGAGCAGCAGAGUGGAGGUUCUACUACGUUUCCUGGUUCAGACAGUGCAGCUUCCUCCAUCUCCAGCCCCACCACUGAUAGUGGCCUGGACACUGGUUCUAAAACCACAUCUAAGGAAGAUCUCACAGACCUGGAGCAGUGCAGCUCAUUGGCCACCACUCCCAUUACACCUUCAGCAGAGACAGGCAGACUUGAAUCACAGUCUGAGGGAAGGGAAGUGGAGCGUUCCCAAUCGGCCUCAGUGGAGUCCAUUCCUGAAGUUCUGGAAGAGCAAGACUUGUUGGCUGACCAGUCUGAUUUGGCAUCGGUCCACGACAUGGACUAUGUCAACCCCAGAGGAGUGCGCUUCAUGCAGUCCACCCAGAAAGAUGGUGCUGCUCUAAUCCCAUACGGUCUUCCGUGCUUGAAAGAGCUCUUCCGGUUCCUCAUCUCCCUCACCAACCCACAUGACCGCCAUAACUCGGAUGUUAUGAUGCACAUGGGUCUGCAGCUGUUGAACGUGGCCCUAGAAGCAGCACACAUUGCCCCCUACCAGUCACUGCUUUGCCUGGUCAAAGACGAGCUAUGUAGGCACCUAAUACAGUUGUUAAGUGUGGACAGAAUGAAUCUGUAUGCUGCCUCCAUACGUGUUUGCUUUCUUCUCUUUGAAAGCAUGCGAGAACAUCUCAAGUUUCAGCUGGAGAUGUACCUGAAGAAGCUGAUGGACAUCAUUACCUCAGAAAACCCUAAAAUGCCCUAUGAGAUGAAGGAAAUGGCCUUGGAGGCCAUUGUACAGAUCUGGAGAAUCCCUAGCUUUGUCACUGAGCUUUACAUAAAUUAUGAUUGUGAUUUCUACUGCUCCAACCUGUUUGAAGACCUCACCAAACUGCUCUCCAAGAAUGCCUUUCCAGUGUCUGGGCAGCUCUAUACAACCCAUCUUUUGUCACUUGAAGCUCUAUUGACUGUGAUUGACAGCACAGAGGCUCACUGUCAGGCCAAAGUUCUCAACAGCGCAGCACAGCAGGACCAAUCAGAAUCAACAACAGCUGAAGGAGAAAGUUUGAGCAACACCAUCACAGAUUCAACCACAGAGGCUGGCAAAUCUGUCCCCAGUUUUAAUGGGCAGAAUGCUGUUGUGUCUGAGGCGUGGGCUGCCUGUCCUCCAACCAGUGGGUAUUUGAUGGCAGAGGAAAUGAGAUUAGGCAGGCAGGACCAGGAGGACACAGACUCAGCAGAAAAGAAAAUCCCUAAGAAGCCACAGCGGUUCACCAGCUGCCUUCCGGACUCUCAAGAACUUCUGGAGAUCAAGAUCAAGAAAAAGCUUCUGAUCACAGGUACAGAGCAGUUCAAUCAGAAGCCGAAGAAGGGCAUUCAGUUCCUGCAGGAGAAAGGCCUGCUCAGCAUUCCCAUGGACAAUAAUGAGGUGGCUCAAUGGCUGAGGGAUAACCCCCGAUUGGACAAGAAAAUGAUCGGAGAGUUUAUAAGCGAUCGCAAGAACACCGACCUACUGGACAGUUUUGUCAACACAUUCGCCUUCCAGGGCCUGCGCAUAGACGAGGCGCUCCGUUUGUAUCUGGAGGCAUUCCGUCUUCCUGGCGAAGCACCUGUCAUUCAUCGCCUCUUGGAAACCUUCACUGACAACUGGCAUAAAGUGAACGGUAAUCCUUUCCUGACAAAUGACGCUGGCUUCGCCCUGGCGUAUGCGGUAAUCAUGCUGAACACUGAUCAACACAACCAUAACGUUCGAAAGCAGAACAUCCCCAUGACAUUGGAGCAAUUCAAGAAGAAUCUAAAAGGAGUGAAUGGAGGGAAUGACUUUGAUCAAGACAUGCUGGAAGAUAUCUAUAAUGCUAUCAAGAAUGAAGAGAUUGUGAUGCCCGAUGAGCAGACGGGGCUGGUGAAAGAGAACUAUGUGUGGAGCGUUCUCCUGCACAGGGGGGCUACGUCUGAGGGGAUAUUUGUCCAUGUGCCCGGCAGCAGUUAUGAUCGUGAUCUUUUCACCAUGACCUGGGGACCCACCAUCGCCGCCCUCUCCUACGUUUUUGACAAGAGCUUGGAUGAUGCCAUCAUUAGGAAGGCCAUCGCUGGGUUCAGUAAAUGUGCCAAGAUCUCUGCACACUAUGGCUUCAGUGAUGUUUUUGACAACUUGAUCAUUUCGCUCUGCAAGUUUACUACUCUCAGCUCUGAGUCUGUAGAGAACCUGCCCACUGUAUUUGGCAGUAACAGGAAGGCUCAAGCCGCUGCCGACACUGUUUUCAGCCUGGCCCAUCGUCACGGCGACAUCUUGCGAGAGGGAUGGAAGAACAUUAUGGACUCUAUGUUGCAGCUGUUCAGAGCUGAGCUUUUACCCCCAUCCAUGGUUGAGGUUGAGGACUUUUUGGACCCGAAUGAGAAGAUUUCUUUACAGCGUCAAGAGACACCGUCAAACAGGGGUGAGUCAACAAUGUUGAGUUUAAUGAACUGGUUAACAUUGAGUGAGCAGUCUGGGCACAGAGGUCCCUCCACUGAGAACCAGGAGGCCAAACAAGCGGCCCAGCUCUGCAUUAAGCAAUGUGACCCGGAGAAGCUGAUCACAGAAAGCAAGUUUCUGCAGCUGGAGUCUUUACAGGAGCUCAUGAAGGCUCUCAUCUCGGUGACCCCUGAUGAGGAAACAAUGUAUGACGAAGAAGAUGCUGCUUUUUGUCUGGAGAUGCUGCUGCGUAUUAUUCUUGAAAACAGGGACAGAGUUUCAUGUGUAUGGCAAACAGUACGGGAUCACCUGUAUCAGUUAUGUGUGCAUGCUACUGAGAGCUGCUUCCUGGUGGAGAGAGCCGUGGUAGGAUUGCUCAGACUUGCUAUACGUUUACUGCGGAGAGAGGACAUUGGCUCACAGGUUCUCCUCUCUCUUCGUUUGUUGUUGAUGAUGAAACCUCACGUUCUGUCCAGAGUCAGCAGAGAGGUGGCUUUCGGCUUGCACGAGCUGCUUAAAACCAACGCUGCCAACAUUCACUGCACUGAUGACUGGUACACGCUCUUUUCCCUUCUGGAGUGCAUUGGGGCUGGGGUCAAGCCUCCGGCUGCCCUGCAGGUUGCCAAUACCAACCCUGACAAUGACACAGGUGCUCAGUCAGAUAGUGAACUGAGUUCAUAUCAUCAUAGUGAAGUUAGUCUUAACCGGGGCUACACGUCUGACUCUGAGGUUUAUACAGAGCAUGGGAAAUCUAGAAUGCCCCGUUCAGCUACUGAUGUCGAGGUGGGCUGGCUAGUGGUGGGUAAAGAUGAUCUGGAUGUUACUAAGGCAGCAGUGGCACCAGCUUCAAAGCCCCUGACCCAUCCUCUCAUUAACCAGUACAGUCUGACUGUGGGGCAGGACAUGGGACUGCAUGACACCAAGUCCCUCAUCAAGUGUGUGGAUUCGCUUUCAUUCAUCGUACGCGAUGCCGCCCACGUCACUCCAGAAAACUUUGAGCUUUGUGUUAAAGCCAUACGAGUGUUUGUGGAGGCUAGCCUUAAUGGAGGAUACCGCACCCACGAGAAGAAAAAGAGUCACAAAUAUGACUCCAAAUCCAGCCGGCUCCGAAAGAAGCCACGAGAGAAGGAAAGCACAUCACGCCGAACCAAAGCAUCCAGUCAGCGGCCCACCCGUUCCCAUAGUGACGAUGAGGAAGAUGAGGGCGUGCCGGCCAGUUACCACACGGUGUCUUUUCAGGUUAGUCUGGACCUGUUAGACCUGAUGCAUACACUGCACACAAGAGCAGCCGGCAUCUACAGCUCUUGGGCAGAGGAACAGCGCCAUCUAGAGUGUGGUGGCAGAAAGAUUGAGGCUGACUCUCAAACAUUGUGGUCCAGCUGCUGGUGUCCUCUGCUUCAAGGUAUGGCUUGGUUGUGCUGUGACGCUCGGAGACAAGUCCGCAUGCAAGCUCUCACCUACCUACAGAGGGCACUACUUGUACAUGAUCUACAAACUCUGGAUGCGGUAGAGUGGGAGUCCUGCUUCAACAAGGUCCUGUUUCCUUUGCUGACUAAGCUGCUAGACAGCAUCAGUCCAGCUGAUGUGGGCGGCAUGGAGGAGACCAGGAUGAGGGCCUGCACACUGCUUUCUAAGGUGUUCCUUCAGCAUCUCUCUCCACUGCUGUCUCUGCCCACGUUUGCUGCUCUCUGGCUCACCAUUCUAGACUUCAUGGAUAAGUACAUGCAUGCUGGCUCCAGCGACCUGCUGCUGGAGGCAAUCCCUGAGUCUCUGAAAAACAUGCUGUUAGUAAUGGACACAGCAGGGAUCUUUCACUGUGCAGACUCUCGCACAGGCUACUCAGAUUUGUGGGAAAUCACCUGGGAGAGAAUUGACUGUUUCCUGCCCCGUCUCAAAGAGGAGCUCUUCAAACAGGCUGUCAUUCCAGAACCUGUCUGUAAUGUUCCUGUGGAGCCCGUCCCACUCCCUAUCGCUGUUACCCCAGCCUCUCCCCCUGUGCCAGCCCCCUCACAAGUGCCAGCAGCCCCUGCAGAGCCAAACAUCUCCAGCAGACCUGCGUCACCUCAGGACAUGCCCACACCUAGUGCCAAUGGUGAUCAAACGGAUAGAUCGUCUCCAGUUCCUCCCUCAACAUCUCCAAUACCCACUCCAGCAAAGAAGAGACCUACAGAGUCUCCACCCCCUCUCAGCCAGUCUCCACUCAUACUGCAGCCCCUCGCCUCGCCACUGCAAGUGGGUGUGCCCCCCAUGUCCCUGCCGAUCAUUCUGAACCCCGCUCUCAUACAGGCUACCUCACCUGUACCUCUGCUUCCCCGUCCCUCCGCCGAAUAACCCAAUCACAAACAGCGGGUGUGAGAGUGUCAUCGCAUUUGAAGGAGAAAUACAGUGAAAGAGAGCCAUCUUAUUUUACUGUUCUUCAAUCUUGCACUCUCCUCCGCUAUAGCCUUUGAAUAAUGUAACAGAAGGACUUGAAUAAUACAGCGUGAGAAAGAGGACAUUGACAUGCAUGGUUGCCUCUCCUCAUUUCAAACAUCAAAGCGCAACACCCAGACUGGAAUGUCCUUCAGUUAUCCAUGUUACAUAGAUAACAAUAUUUAUUUAAACCAUGAAGGUGCCACUGAAAUAUGGAAUACAAUUCAUUAUUUAUGGGAGUAGAUUUAUUUCAGCUGGGGUUUUGGUAAGCUAAUAGUGCCUGUCAGGGUGGAUUUACAUUUUUAAGUACUUAGUUCUUACUCAUGAGGUUUACUUGGGCAGAGAUCACAGAGAAUGGCUGAUUGGCAAAGGCAGGAUUGCACCAGGUCCAGAUAAUGAAACCAUAAAAGGACUUUAGCAUUAAAGCUUUUAUCAGAGCUCAAACUAAAUGAACCGGUACAAUUGAUUUGAAGAAAACCUGAUUUAUUUUGAACAGUUCGUAUUGUUUCUUUGGCUUUUACACUUUAAUUGUUUUGUUUUGCUGUAAAUUAUUACAAAGAAAACAGAGGAGUAACCACCUUGCCGUACAUGCUUCAUUAUUUGGAAAAUUACGUCUACAAAAUGGUCCUCAUUUUUAAAAACAAUUAAAUUGUGCUUGUACCAACAUCAGAUUUCAGUGAGAUCAUGCAAUUACUCGUUGCACUCCUCUAAAACAUUCCACAUUUUUCAGUGGUUUUCAACUUGCAGUUACUAAAUGAACAAGCAGAAUUCUGAAUGUUAGGUUUUAUCUUAUUUUUGAUAUCUUAAAUGGAGAUAACGUUGUUUCUCACAUUUAUGCUGAAUCAUUGUGGCAAUUCUGGUCUUUAAACGCUUUUUGAGAAUUUAUCCAACAAAUUACCUGAACGACAGAUCAACUGCUGUUCUUUCAAAAUCAAAUGAUUUUGGUGGGGGUUGCCACUAAAGAAAUGUUCCUGGUUCAGUACUAGUUAAGCUCAGUUGACGGCAUAUGUAGCAUAAUGUCAAUUAGAGCAGAAACUAUUUUGACUUGUCCCUGUUUUUAUUUAAAGCAAAAAUCAAGGUUACAGUGAAGUAAAUGGAGCCAGUCCAUAAACUGUUUCAAAAGUAUAGCCAAAAGACCUAAACAAUAUACAUGUUAAAAUGAUUUUAGUGUGAAAAUUGCUUACUAGGUUUACUGACACUACGCCGUCAUGGCUGCGAAAGUUGUUAUAUUGAAUACACAUAAAUAAGUUUGCGAUUGUAUCGCAUACUUUUGAAACUAAGUGUAUUUUAACGUUUAUGGAUUGGCCCCAUUCACUUCCAUUGUAAGUAAAUGCCUCACUAUAUCUGCAGUUUUUGCUUUUUUAUUUGAUAUAAACAGGCACCGUGUCAAAAAUAUUUUAAGUGGUAAUCAACAUUAUGCCACUACUGCUGCCAAUUGAGCUUAACUUAUUAACUUGGAUGUAUUAAAUCUGAAACAUUCCUCUAAUCAUAUUCCUUUUUAUGGUGAUUUCAACUCUGGAACCGUGAGCACUUUUACUUUUGUAUGAAGUCAUGAAUUCUUCGUGAACCUGAGACGUUUAUCCCAGAAGAAAGCUAUAAAAUGUACUAAAAUAAAAGUUCUCAGACCGGCACUUCAGCGUGCAUUGUCAAGACCACCCACGACCAGCUCAAGCUUUCCACAAAUACAUUUGAAGUGAAUCUGACCUGUAACUCAUGGUGGUUUCUCAGUAUAAAUGUGUUAGGACGCUUCAGUAGCAAGGCUCAAGAAACUAUAGAAUGACUAUAGAAUGAUUCUGUAAUUUAAUGUUGAUCAUCACUGCUUUGGCACCAACACAAACCUAUGGUGGCAGUGGAUGGGACAGACUUUAUUUUGUAUGUGCACUUGUACUACAUUCUUAGAUAUAUCAGGAAUUCUGUAGUCAACAGGUAAUUAAAUGGAAAUAAUCUGUAUAUAUAUAUAUGAAAAAAGUUAUUGUACUUUUUACUGUGUAAUAAAUAUAUGGUCAAAUA